CGAUGACGACAACAACAACGAGGAGGACAACGACAACAAGGACGACGACGACGACGACGACUACCACGACAACAACCACCACAACCACAGAAAGUACAGUUGUCCCAGAGACUACAGUGUCCAUUGUUGUCACCCAGAGCCCGGUUCCUCUCUUGUACCCGACACUUGUCCCAUCCCUGGUCGUGGUCCCGUUGCUGCUUAUCUGCAUCUGCUGCUACAAGAGGGUCAUCAAGGAGCCACCAUCAGCCCAGAAUCCAAAAAAACCAUGCCCUGUACAGACCACAGUGAUUGUCUCCCGCUGUGAGUGCCAAGAAGACAGGAUAAGACAGAUGGAGGGAAAACUGGAUGUUUUUUAUAACUUUCUUCAGCGCUGCAGCCUGAUGCCGUGGAUGUGGUGUCAACCCAGGGGCAUGGGGAGGUGCAUCGACUUUGCCUUAAUGAGUCCUCACUGCGUGCCAAUGCUCUGUGGCUCAGAGACCUGCCUUCAACCCAGUCAAGAGUGCCUCCCCCUCAAUAUCUGCUGCUCACGUUGUCAGCAUCCCCCACCGAUAUGCUCUCAGCCACCGUCCAGGAUGUUACCGCUGAUCCCUCCCCCAGAGGUCUACAGAAGUACUUUAUCUCUCCCGCCCCCAUAGCUCAACAUCUAAAGAACUUAAAACUGAAAAUUAGGAGCCCCUUUUGUACCAAAUUAGACAUAUAUAUAUAUAUAUAUAUAAUACAAUAUAUAUCUUGUGUUUUGGAUUACAGUCAAAAGGAGCUAGAAUUAGUUUCUGAUCAGCAGGAGAGUUUCUUGCCUGGGGAGCACUGCUCCUCUGUAUGAGAUGCAACUGUACUCAUCUACCAGGACAAGGCACCCUGGUAUCCUGUGGAUGUAGACAUGAUGAGUCCCAUUCCCACAAGAUGGACCUCCAUCUGUCACCGAGCGUUGAGAUGCAUGGGGUGUUAGACGAAAUAUGCUCUUUCAAGAAAGCCCCAAAUAUCUGAUAUAUGGAAAUAGUCUGGUGUCCAUUACUCGCUUGCUGUUACUUAAUCUCCUGGGUGAGUUAUGUAAUCUCCCUGUACUUCAGUUUCCUUACUGAAAAGACGUGGAUAAUGGUGUCUCUUCUACGAAGAGGGCGACAGUGACUGCUGCAACAUGCUCAGCACAAGGCCAGCUCACUUGUAAAGACUCAGGGGCCAGGUCUUUAAGGUCUUCUCUGCUUCACCAGGGAAGGAGACAGUGAUGAGCUCAGAGACAUCAGGAAGUGUGUGGUGAGUGAAAAGAUGUUAGAAAAAAUCAUCACUGGAACUUUAAGCACUGGAUACCAUGACAAAGGGUUGGCAUACAUGAGAAUUCUCUGAAAACUGUUAACCACAUGAAGUUAACAUCAAAGUCCACCACCCAUGUAAUCUCCAAGAUACCAUCAGAAAAGGUCCUUCCACCACCAUGUCCUUGACAAACAUGAGUUCCCUUCGUGUACCUUAAUUUUUCUCAUAAAGUUAAUUCCUAGUUUCCAAUUUCCUAUCAGCUCCUCUGAUUUUUCCUAUCAGCUCCCGAUUUUCUAGAUCCCUCCUGAAGAAGCCUUUGAAGACAUAAUCAGGUUUCUUUUCACACUUACAUGCUAGAGGACUAUCAGUAGACAAGAAUUCAUUGUGAAGAUCACACAACAUGUUUAUGAAGAUGAAUCAAUACCCUGGAUCAAAGAGUCCCAGAUGAGUAGAAGUGGCUACUACCUCAAAUGUGUACAUACCAGUGCAACAAACAAGGGACCAUUAAGAAUCAAGUAAACAUGAGAAGAUGAAAAGAAGUGAAUAAAAUUCCCUAAAGAAAUAGAGAUCUAUGAACUCUCUUAUAAAGAAUUCAGUCCUCUUAAAGCAGUUUAGUGAAAUGCAAGAAGCAUGGACAGACAACUACAUGAAAUUCAGACAACUACACGAAAUUCAAAUUCCGUUGAGAUGCAUCAACGAAAUGCGAAGCUCAACAAAGAAAACAAUCAAAAGAACAACUGAAAACGAGAGGUGAAAAAUAAAACACUGUAUUGAAGAAUAUAAUAAAGUAUUUCAGCAACAAACUCAAGCAAGCAGAAGAAAGAAUCAGUGAACUAAAAGGUAGAUCAUUUGAAAUUAUCCUGCCACAGGAGUGAAAAGAAAAAAAAUUAUUAAAAAGUGUGACAACACACACUAGGACAUUAUCAGUAGAAACAAUAGUGAAUUAUGGAAGUCCCAUAUGAGAAGAGAGAGAGAGAAAAGAAAGUAUAUUGGAAACAAAAUGGUUGAAAACUUACCAAACAUGGAAUGAGAAAUAUAUCCAGAUUCACGAGGCCCAAAGAAUCCCAAAUAGCUUGAGCCUGCAAUGGUUACAGGAAAUCACAUUGUGAGUAAAUAGUCUAUGGUCAAAGACACAAGCAAUUUUUAAAGCAACAAGAAAAAAAAAAUGAGCCACCACAUGUAAGACACCAUCAUAACACUCAAGAGAGACUUCUCAAUAGACACUCUGCAGACCAGGAGAGAGGGAUGAUGCAUUCAAAUAUAGAAAGAAAAUAAAACUGUCAAGGAAGAAUAUUGUAUCCAGGAAAUCUACUCUUCCGAAAUGAAAGAGAUAUUGCAAACGUACCAAAGAAACAAUAACAAAACAAAGCUGAAAGUGUUCAUCACCAGAAAAUUUUCUGUAUAAGAAAUGCUGCAGGAAUUUCAUCAAGCACAAAUAAAUGAAUAAUAAUUAGCAUCGUGAAAAUGUCAGAAGAAUGUAAAACUCACCAAUAAUGGCUGAUCCUGUAAUAUUGUCAUAAUAGUGCAUAAUUCACUCAGAAUACCAGUUAAAAGGUUAAAAAAUAUAUUAAACAACCAUAACUACAAUAAUUUCUUACUGGACACAAAACAUAAAGUAUGUGAGUUGUCAUAUUGAUAACCUAACAUGAAUGAGGAGGAAAUAAAGGGAAAAUUUAGGUAUGCUAUCAGCUUAAAAUAGGACAUGAUAAAUAUCAGAUAUUUUAGGUAUGCUUCAUGAUAACCACAAAGAAAUAACCUCUGGUAGAUAUACCAAAGAUGAAAGAGGAAUCUUAACAUACCCCCUACUAAAAGUUAUAAAAUAACAAAAGACAGCACAA